GUAGGUUUGCAUCAAAACAACAUUCCCGCUUAUUACUGGAAAACGACAACCGACCAUGGCAACAGCUCUCCUGCCGUGGGAAGAACGAGCUCUGCGCAGCCACCUCGAGUGUGUUUCUGCCGGCAAAAAAAACCUCAGCCACGACCAACUGGUGGACCUACUCCUCUUCGCCCUCCCGCAUACCUACUCCCGCCUCAACCGCAACCUCCUAACCCAACGCGUCGCCAAAAUCAUUCCGCUUCCAUGCAGGAGACAAGACGCCAUUGACGAGCCUACUCCGGUCUCAAAUAAACGGCCAAAAAUAGGCGAUCCUCGGACUGUGAACAGCCAGAAUGAGGUCUCUGCCUAUUCAUCGGCAGAAGUCGAUUCGUCGGGUUCCGGCGGUAGGAUUAAUCGGAGUGAUGAAUUAGGCGAUGGGUGGAGGGGAGUGAGUGAGAAGCAUAAUCGGCCGAUGUUUAGGGAUUUCUGGGGAAUGAGUAGUGUGAUUCACGAAUUGCAGAGGAAGGUGGUUGCCCCACUGCAUCAAUUCAAGUUACUGCGCCACCUCGGAGUCGAACCUGCGACCCGAAUUCUGUUGCACGGGCCACCGAGGUGUGGGAAAACCACGUUGGCCCGAGCCGUUGCCAAUGAGGCCGGAUUGCAGUUGUUCGAACUAUCUGCUGCUCGAUUUGUGUCUGGAGUUUCAGGUGCAGCAGAAGAAACUAUCAGAAAAUUGUUCUCCACAGCAUACAUGAAAGCACCAUCUAUUGUGUUCAUUGAUGAUAUUGAUGCGAUAUCUUCCAUAACAGAAAGUUUGCACAAGGAAAUAGAGCAUCGUUUAGUGAAUGAGUUGAUGGUUUGCAUGGAUGAACCAUGUGGGCUCAUCAAACCUGUAGAUUGUGAUGCUGAUGGUAAAUCUGGCUAUGUGCUGGUGAUUGGAGCAACCAAUAGGCCUGAUGCUCUUGACACUGCCUUAAGGCGGCUGUUUGAUCAUGAAAUCGCUUUAGGUGCUCCAAACCGGCUUGACAUACUAUCAGCUCUAACACGUAAUCUUAAGCUUGAAGUUGGCUUUGAUCCUGCAAAAUUAGCUAGGUGCACUAUUGGUUUUGUAGCCCAAGAUUUGGUAGCUCUAGCAAAAAAGGCUGGUAUGAUUGCUGUAGAUAGAAUCACGGGAAAGAGAAUAUCGAAGUAUUACAAAGAACACAAGGUUGGAGUUCAGCUUGAAGAUUGUUACAUGCAACCGUUUUAUGAUGAAGAAUUGGAGAAUCUCAGCAUAACCAUGGAAGAUUUUUUGGAAGCUGCAAAGAUGGUUUGGCCUUCUUCUAGAUUAGAAGGUUUUUCCACCACACCAAAUGCAAAUUGGGAUGAUGUCGGAGGCCUUCGAUUAUUGAAAUUGGAAUUUGAACGUCAUAUAGUUAAGCGUAUAAAGUUCCCUGAAGUUUAUGAGGAUCUUAGGGUGCACACUCCGACCACCUUUUUCCUUUUCGGUUCUUUUGGCUGUGGAAAGACAUUGAUUGUUGAGGCUUUGGCUAAUGAAGCAGGAGCUAAUUUCCUGCAUAUCAAGGGCCCUAGACUGUCAAAAUAUGGUGAUCAGAUUGAGUUGGUGGUGCAUAUAAUAUUCAAUUAUGCAAGGGCUCACUGUCCAUGCAUACUUUUCUUUGAUGAGUUGGAGGCAAUAAUCCCAGGUGGUGCUGAAGGGCGAUUGCGGGACUUUGUAAAGCUAGUAAUAAAGUUGAACAGAGACCAGAAUCUUGGUAUUUACGUAAUUGUUGCAACAAAUAGGCCAGAAGUUGUGAUUCAUUUAGCGCUCCCCUGCAUUGAAAUUUUUGAUAAGAUUCUGCAUGUUCCUCUCCCUAGCCCAGUAGAACGAGGAGCAAUAUUGAAAGCUCUUGCUCGAAACAAGCCGAUAGAUGCCCAUGUGGACCUGAUGGCCCUAGGAAAAGAUGUUGCUUUUGAAAAUUUCAGUGGCGCUGAUCUAUCUGCUUUGAUGAUGGAAGCUGUUAAGGCCGCGAUUGAUCGACAAACAUUGUUGGGUGGAGGUUGCAGAGUACCAUUGACCAUCAAAUACGCAGAUUUUAACCGAGCGCUGGAAAAAGUCUCCCCCUCUGUCUCACCCAUGGAAGUGAAGAAGUGGGAGCAUGUCCCUGCGAAAUGUGAAGCUGAUUUGGAAUGGUAAUGAAUGUGAAGAAGACUGUUGUUGGUGGCAGUGGUGUGAUGGAGUGGUGAUCAGUAUAUCAAUAUGAAAGAGUAAGACUCGUAGAUAUAUGCUACGGUAAUUUAUUAAUGUGAAUAUAUAUGCCUGCCUACAUGCAUAGAUGUAUGUGAGUUUCGUUGCAUCUUUUUAUACUCCGUUUUAGUAACGCCACAAUAGAAUCUUAGUUGGCAAGUUAAACAAACCUCCAAUUUGCUUAAACUCGUCCUCUUUUCGAUGCGAUUUCAGUCGUCAUUAUAAUAGUUUUGGUAUUUUCAGUU